AAAUAAUUUUUCAUUAUUUUCUUUUCUAUAACAGUCAUCGGCAUCAAUAAAUUCUAAUUUAUAACAUUUUCAUUAAUUAAAAAAAAUAGAAAAUUUUACAUGACAUUUCUAAUGUUUGGAAAAUAUUCUAUACAUACCAAGUAUACCUACCUUAUUCUUUCAAAUAUAUUAAUAUAUUUGUGACUACAAUAAUAUUGUAGGUGGAGUAGAAUUAUUGUAAAUCUAAAAAACAGGAUAGUAUUUUAUAGAAAAUAUAUUUUACAGUAAGAGUAGAAAAUUUUCAUAUACAUUUUGAAAUGUCUGUUAAUACUCUAACUACUUUUGUAAUUAUAGCAGUAUUAAAUAUAUUAACAAUUGCCAGUGAACCAAAAAGACACGUUAAAUUAGUCAGUGUGGUUUUUAGACAUGGAGAUCGUACUCCAGAUAUUGUAUACCCUAAGAUGCCUUACACGAAUGAUAAUUAUUUUCCCAAUGGUGUUGGAGGAUUGACGAAUAAUGGUAAAAAAAGGGCUUAUCAACUUGGAGAAGUAUUGAGGGAAAAGUACAAUCAAUUUCUGGGUCCAAUUUACUAUCCAGAUAAUGUUUAUGCUCAGAGUACGGAUUAUGUAAGAACAAAAAUGACAUUACAACUUGUUUUAGCAGCAAUGUAUCCCCCAUCGGAAUUGCAAAGAUGGAACUCUCAUUUAGAUUGGCAACCAAUACCAACAGUUUAUGUUCCUGAGCAGAAUGAUAAAUUACUUUUGAGAACAUACUAUUGUAAUUCAUUUUUGGAGAAUUACGAGAACUUAAAAAAGGAGGCCUAUAUCUCCGAGAAACUGGAGAGGUUCGAAAAUGCAAAAGAGGAAUUGACAAACAUAACAGGAUGGAAGAUGAAUGACAUCUACGAUCUCUACACUCUACAUUGUAACCUCGUGUGUUUAAAUUACAUGGACAAACAUUUACCAAAUUGGGUCAGUACAUUAUCAUCCAUUCUCAAUGAUUCAACUGUGACAACAUUCAAUUUAAUGAAUUACAACAAUCUUCUAAAAAAACUGAAUGGAGGAGCCCUUUUACGAAAAGUUGCCGAGGACAUGAAAUUAGUUGCAGAUGGCGAUCGGCAUAAACAUAAAGUAUUUCUAUACAGUAGCCAUGAUCUCAAUGUAUACGCAAUGCUAGCAUCUCUAAAUGUUGUUCAGCCACAUCUACCAGAAUUCACCAGCGCUGUUAUUAUAGAAUUGUACACAAUUAACGAAGUCUAUUACGUUGAGGUUCUACACUAUUUGGGUAUUCCAUCAGUAAUUAAGACACUAGAAAUACCGAAUUGUGGAUCUCCGUGUCCAUUGUCGACAUUCUUUCAUAUUAUAAAAGACGUCAUUCCCUCUGAUGAAGAAUUGAAGUGCUAGCGAAUUUUACCAACCUGUGAAAUUAUUAUGCUUUACUACAAACUUAUUGUAAUUUACAAUAUGAUAAAUAAAUUAUGUAUUUCUCUUA